AUGGCGACUAGCGAUGGCGGCGCACAACCCGUGGCGGAGAAAGAGGAAGCUACGGCGGAUGACGGUUCACUGUUGGAUCUGGAGGAGGAGACGGCUGGGAUGGACGCAGACGCCGAGCCUGGCGAUGCGGAGUGCGACGCGGUCGAAGGCCUCCUCGAGGUAGGGGGCGGCGACGCAUGCGACGAGGAUCUUGGAGAGGGCGACGACGGUCUUGGCGACGCAUGCGACGAAGAUCUUGGAGAUGGCGAAGACGGUCUCGGCGACGCGUGCGACGUGGACAUCGGAGAUGGCGACGACGGCCUUGGCGACGCAUGCGACGUGGAUCUAGCAGCUGGCGACGGCGCCGGCGACGCCGGCGACACUGGCGAUGACGGCGACGGCGAGGUUCACAAGGCUAAGAAGGCGAGACCCGACCCUUCGAUCCUGGCCGAUGCGUCUCAGCCAGCGAACGGUUGCGAUUCCUCUUCCAAGAAGGAGCCCGCCAUGCCGGAUGAUCCAACGGCUGUGGCGCUAAACCCUGCAGACUGCACCCUCGAUUUCACCAUAUCGGAUCGCGGUCUGCUGGGCGCGGGCUUAUCGCACGGCGGCUUCGCGUACAUGUGGUCGGGCGCGCGCGCCAACUACGGCAUCGCGCUUCGCACCCCGUCUGCCGCCACCCCCGCAGCAGCCUCGGGGGCAGCGGACGCCUCUGCGAGCACGGCUCAGGGGGGGGCGACAGGGCAAGGGGAGGGGGCAGUGAUAGCACAUGUGGGGUUGGAAGCAGCGGCGGAAGGAGCGGGGCCUGCCGCGACGGGAACGGCGAGUGCGCACGACGGAGGCGGCGGCAGCGGCGGGCGGUAUUGUUUCGCGUGCGUGGUGGAGGAGGAGCAGGCGCUGGACGCGCGGGUGCUGCGGGGAGGGGCGGCGGGCGCCGCAGCACCGGGAGGGGCAGCAGCGGCGGGGGAUAGGGCGCAAGCGGGCACAGGCGGGGAGACGGUUGUGGGAAUCCCGGAGGACGAGAGAUAUUUGUGUCGGAUAGGCGUGUCCACGUUGGAUGCUGACGUGGGGUCGCUGGGGGAGACACGUGACAGCUUUGCAUAUGGCAGCAGUGGGAAGAAAAUCACGGGGGGCGCGGUCGCCCCGUACGCGCGCCCCUGGGCGCGCGGGGACGUGGUGCUGUGUGCCGUGGACCUCCCUGCGCGCGCCCUCGCCUUCGCGCUCAACGGCGCCUGGCUCGGCGAGGCCUUCCGCCUCCCGCCUCUGGGGGGCGCUGCGGAGCUGGCGGAGGGGGGAGGAGGGGGGGAAGGGGACGAGGGGGGCGGGGUUGCGGGAGGAGGGGAGGUGGGGAGUGUUGAGGCGCGGGAUGAGGGGGAAGGAGUGGGGGCUGCUGCGGGGGAAGGGGGUGGGGUGGUGGGCGGGGAGGAAAAAAGGAAGGCGGAGGAGGGUAAAGAAGGGGAGGUUGGUGUGGCAGAGAAGGUUGAAGCGGUGGAGGGCGAUGGGGAAGGGGCGGCAGGAGGGGGUGGGGGGCAAGGGGGAGAGGUGAAGGGAGCGGAGGGCGGUGAAGUUGAAGAAAGGAACGGAACGGAUGGAACAAUGGAAAAGAGCGGGGAGGUAGGGGAGCAGGGCAAAGGGGAAGGUGAGAAGGGCAAGGAAGGCGGUGAGCAGGGCAUUGAGGGAACAGAGCAAGGCAAAGAGGUGGGGGAGGCGGGAGGAGAGAAGGGUAGUGAAGGAAAGGCGGAGGGCGAAGGUGGAGGCGAGGAGAAAAAAGGUGGAGGGGAGAUGGGUAAGGUGGCAGGGGAGGAGGGCAAGGAGGGGACGAGAGAGGGAGGGGAUGCGGGCGAAAAUGACAAGGGCAGGAGCACAGAGAUGGAGGUAGAUGGUGGCGAGCAGGGGCGAGGGGUGGGGGGCACGGGGAGUGCCGGUGAUGCCACAGGGGAAGGCACCGUGAGUGGUGGUGGCGUGGAGGACGGGAAUGCGUGGUUGAAAGCAGCGCUCUUCCCCCACGUGCUCGUGAAGAAUGUCAAAGUCAUGUCCUCCUCGCUCCCCUCGCUUGCCUCGCCCCCUCGCUUGCCUUGCCCCCUCGCAUGCCCGCUACUCAUCGCGCCUCAUCGCUGGCCGCCCCCAUCCCUCCCCUACGGCCCUGCCCUAACCUUAACCCGUCCCUCCUUCUCUGCAGUGCGUCUACAGUUCUCACUCGCGGACGGCCUCUCACCCCCCCCGGGUUACCUGCCCUGGUCCGACGCGCCCCUCCUCUCCGCCCCCUGCGCCGCCCCUUCCGAGGCUGGGGCUGCCCCCCCUACCACCGUCCCUGCAAGCACGCCCCUUGCUGCCAACGCACAGAGCAGUGGGGAGGCCGCAGCGAAGCAGGAGGCAGGGCAUGGGGACGGGGGAGAUCGGGCUGAGGCUGCAGAGGCCACCGAGGGGGUAGGGGCAGGGGCAGGGGCAGAGGCAGGGGCAGAGGCAGGGGGGGAGGGGAGUGGAGCUGGAGAAGCAACAGAGGCGGGAGGAGGGGGCGUGGUGGUGCGUGUGGCGGGGCCGGCGUUGGGCAAGAGGGAGGAGUGCGAGGUGGUGAUGAUGGUGGGGCUGCCGGGUAGUGGCAAGUCCACGUGUGCGGAGGAGAGGGCGAGGGCACAUCCGGAAAAGCGCUAUGUGGUGCUGGGCACUGACCGCGUGCUGGCGCUCAUGCAGGUGCGCAUGGGGGGGCACGUGGGGCAAGGGGGAGGGAGGGAGAAAGGGGGGAUGAAAGGGAUGAUGGUGGUGCUGCGUGGGGAGAUGGUGAAAGGGGGGGGUUGGGGAAGUGACUUUGCGUGA